AUGCCUGAUCAUGAAGCUGGUAUCGUUCUACCGUCCUCCUCCUUUUCCCUCACCCCCCAACUUGUUGUCCGAAUGGCAGUGUCUGCGAUUGAGGACCUGCGAGCGGCAAUGAGCGUGGAGGGGCAGGUGGUUGGGUUCACGGGGUGGAAUCAAGAGGACGACUGCACCACCGCUCAAGUGCUGGCUUGUGAUGACCAGGGCAUGGUUACAAGCAUAAACCUGGCUGGUGAAAACAAGCUCGGCUCCCUGCCGUCCAGCAUUGGAGCAUUGCUGCAGCUCACCUCCCUUGUACUUCAAUCCAACCAGUUCAGCAGGGAACUGCCAACAACUCUUGACAGUCUGGUCAACCUGGUGAAUCUCGACCUGUCGGCCAACCUCUUCACGGGGACCAUCCCUUCGUUUGGCAGCUUGACCGCACUCACGUCCCUCAUCUUGGCCAACAACAGGCUUGCCGGGUCCCUCCCUGACUGCUUCUCCAACCUCCCCAGCCUUGAAACCAUUGACCUUUCAAGCAACCAGCUCUCAGGCUCGUUACCGGCGUCAAUUGACAACCUGGAAGCCCUUACUUGGUUUGAUGUGAGCAAUAACUACUUGUCUGAUGACAGAUUCCCCGUGAAGAUUUGCACCAUGGAUCAGUACGAGGAGGUGAAGAUCUAUAAAAACUGCCUCGACCACCCCUGUGACUUCUACGAUGCUCAACGAUCAUCCGAUGACUGCUCCGCCUUUUGCGGCAUCUCGCCCUCCUCUGAGGCCUGUAGCGGCCAUGGAUACUGUUACUGGGACGGGGAUCCUGAGGACUCCGCAGCGCAUGCCAAGUGUGUGUGCGAUGCAGGGUUUCCUUACGCAGAGGACCGAGUCUCCUCUCUGACAUGCAAGUCGUUAGUGGUGAAAUACCCGAGACCAUCAGCCUCCUGUCAAGGCUAUCUGUCAUGUAUUGUCCUUUCGGAUGCAUUCCUUCCAGAGACAUUUCCUGCAGGGAUUUCCUUGAUGACAUACCUGAAGCACCUCGGUCUUAGUCGUAAUAGCUUCUUCGGCCCUUUUCCUGAGGUCACAGGCUUGGUUCAGCUCAGCUACCUAGACAUCUCGUACAACUACUUCACAGGCUCCAUGCCAACUCUGACUAAAAUGAGCAGCUUGGUAUCUCUAUCACUACGCAACAACUUCAUUUCAUCUGGAAUUAUCGCGGGAAAGGUUUGCGAAAGCGUCAAAGUGGACGUGCGGAACAACUGCUUCGCGCCAGAAGAUGUCCCGUGCCUGUUGGAGGUCGAGCAGCUCGCAACGUGCUCUGACUUUUGUGGGAUGAUUGGCUCCUCCGUGCCCCCCUGUGCCGGCCACGGCUACUGCUUUGGCGAGGGGUGGGGUGAAUGGUGGGGCGCCGGCCAGAUGCAGUGCCAGUGCUUUGAGGGAUACGUGCCUGGGCCUACCCACAACUCCUGUGUUUCUAUGCUGGAGAGCUCACAGGUGCAAGUCCUGGAAGACCUGUUGGCAUUGUGGGGCAGCCCUCGUGGACCGUGGCAGUCAGAAACCCCAGUCUCCCUCCUCCGCUUUGUCGUUCCCGAUUCUGAAAAGUUCAUCGUCAGUCUGGCUUUGCGCAGCAACUACCUGUACGGAGGCUCGCUACCCACCACCAUGUGCACCUCAUCCUCCUCCUCGCCGCUCACCCUCUCUCUGCACGACAACUGCUUCCCCUCCGACGCCGUCCCGUGCGCCCUCCCCCACGCCCAGCGCCCCCCCCUCCAAUGCUCCGCCUUCUGCAGCCUCUCCCCUCCCUCCACCCCGCCCUGUGCCGGCCGCGGCUACUGCUUCUGGGAGGGGGGGGAGGCCACAGGCACUGCCACGUGUGUGUGCGGGGAGGGGUACGACAAUGGAGCUGAUCCUGGAACGUGUGCCUCCCUAAUCCCACAAACGGACUGUUGCCUGUGCGGAGCAAUGACAUCGGCUGCCUUGAGUGUGUGCGUGCGUGCAGGGAGCGUGUUGGAAUCACUCAUGGCCGCGUGGGGAGGCUUUGAUGGCGAUGGCACGUGGAAGAGUGGCAUGCCGUGCGAGCGCAUGACGUUCGUCUCAUGCGAUUCCACCAACCGCAUCGAGACACUGUCCUUGAGCAACAACUACUUCUACUCAGGAACUCUGUUCAAGACAAUAUGCAGGGUCGCCCUCUCUCUGCACGACAACUGCUUCCCCUCCGACGCCGUCCCGUGCGCCCUCCCCCACGCCCAGCGCCCCCCCCUCCAAUGCUCCGCCUUCUGCAGCCUCUCCCCUCCCUCCACCCCGCCCUGUGCCGGCCGCGGCUACUGCUUCUGGGAGGGGGGGGAGGCCACAGGCACUGCCACGUGUGUGUGCGGGGAGGGGUACGGUUAUGGAGUUGAUCCCGGCUCAUGCAUCACGCUAUUGCCAACUUCGGAAUGGCUGGUUCUGGAUGCACUGAAAUCGGCUUGGGGUGGCUUCGAUGGGGGAGGCACGUGGAGUGAAAGCACCCCGUGUGAGCGGUUGAAGCAUGUCAAGUGUAACGACGACAAUCACAUAGUGGCCAUGAAUGUUUCUGGGCAAGGCAUAGCAGGGUCCAUUCCAAUCAACAUCCAAGACCUGCUGCAUGUCACGUUGCUGGACUUGUCACACAACCAAUUAUCCGGAAAACUGCCAAGUGGACUCAGCAGGUUGCAAGGGCUGCUCACACUUUCUCUGCGCAGCAACUACCUGUACGGAGGCGCGCUGCCCACCUCCAUGUGCGCCUCCUCCUCCUCGCCGCUCGCCCUCUCUCUGCACGACAACUGCUUCCCCUCCGACGCCGUCCCGUGCGCCCUCCCCCACGCCCAGCCCC